UUCUGGAAAGUGUAGUUCCUGCGAGUCACCGGCGAGGACCUGGGCCCGGGAAGAAGUGUACAAACAGUUACGACGCGUGGCCGUGGCCGUGGCCGGGCCGGAGGUCUCGAGAGGUCAAGAGACCAAGCUGUAGGCAGGCUGAUUUUCCCGAAUACACCUCAAGCACCUGAAGAUAGUCGAACCCCCAGCAAUGGAUAAAUUCGUCAUUCGAACACCUAGGAUCCAGAAUAGCCCGAAGAAGAAACUCGGAGAAAAGGUUUACAAGCAAGCCACAAUCGAGUCUUUGAAGAGAGUUGUGGUUAUAGAAGACAUAAAAAGAUGGAAAACUAUGUUGGAGCUUCCUGAUCAAACCAAAGAAAACCUAGUUGCUGCCUUACAAGAAUUAAAGAAGAAAAUACCCUCCAGGGAGGUGUUGAGGUCGACAAGGAUAGGUCAUACUGUGAACAAGAUGCGCAGGCACCAGGACCCAGAGGUGGCAGGUCUCGCCAAAGAAGUUUACACUGAGUGGAAAACUUUCAUUGAAAAACAUUUGGACAGACCUUCUAUUGAAGUCCGGAGUGAUCCAAAAACUGAGUCAUUUAGAAAGAAUGCCCAGAAGUUACUUUCAGAAGCCUUGGACUUGAAGAUGGAUCACCUACUGGUUGAAAAUAUUGAGCGGGAAACGUUUCAUCUCUGCUCCCGGCUCAUUAACGGGCCCUACCGGAGGACGGUGCGCGCUCUGGUCUUCACAUUAAAGCACCGAGCUGAGAUCCGGGAGCAGGUGAAGAGCGGGGCUCUGCCAGUCGGCGCGUUUGUACAGACCCACAAAAAGUGACCCGAGGACGGGCCCAGCGCUGGGCCUCGCUCCACCAUUCAAAGACUCUUUUGAGUUUGGGUGAUGCGGAUGUUGGCUGUGCUGGAUAUUCCCAUGGUUCCGUUCCUUCAGACAGAAUGUGGGGAGCCCUGGGAGAUAGGCCUGUGGGAGCGGCUUCAUUAGCUGCCUUGCGCUGGCGCUGGCUGACGGGACGAACAGGGCUGUCACUAGGAAGCACCAUCCAGUUGCCAUCACCCAGCACAAUGGAAGGGUGACAGGUUUCACUGUGAGCUUGCCAAGGACACCUCUAAACUCCCCCAUGUCAGGCAGAUGAAGUUACCACUUUAUUUCGCCACCCUGCAGGUAACUGAAACUCAAUUACUGCUGCUCCUCACUCGGUUCCAUCCCCCUGAGUUUAGACAGCUCCUAUGCCUCUCAGAACUCCCCUGUCUGCUCUCUUUGCUCUACCCCAGGGGUGAGCCCACUGGAGCCUGCGACCAGCCCUGCUUGCCGUCACUCACUUAUCUGAGCCUUUCAGCUCUCCCUGGAAGACCUUCAGGGAUGGGCUCCGAGCCCCCUGCUGAGGCCUCUAAUGAGGAGCUGGCCUGAAGCUUCCCUGCACCUCAGGGUUCAUUUGAAUAUGGGCUCUGUUGAAGAUGCAUAAUGAAAUUUCUCUUGCAGUGACUUACUACGGUAAGAAAAAAAUGCAUACGUGAGGAUUUUCAAUGAAAUUCAUCUAUACAUGCCUGCUUGAAUGGUUAUGUAAAUGGUACUUGCUCUUUAAAAAGUAAUAAACUGAGAUAUACUAAAA